AUGCUUCUGCUCCUCAUCCAGGGCGGCAUUAGCCCCCUGCAAGAUCCAAUCUCAAAGUAUAUCCCCGAGAUCAAAGCGGCUGCUGAUGAUCUUCUGCCGAAUGCCACAAAGAUAAACGAUGGGAUUGACUAUACCAAGUGGAAUGAAAUCACAGUUGGGGAACUAGCGAGUCAUUUGGCUGAUAUAGCCAGAGAUUAUGGUGUUUUCGAUCUUACUGAGCAGGCCUCGUUGCUUCAGUCAUUGGGAUUUCCCGCUCUUCCCCUCGCGCAGAUUCCAUCCUGUGGUGUGCCAAAGCCGUGUAGCCGAAUGCAAUUCUUUGAUGGGCUGCUAAAAUCUCAUCCUAUUGUUCCAGCAUCAUCUACACCCAUCUACUCCAACGCAGCUUUCCAAGUCCUCCGAACUGUUGUAGAAACCUUCUCGAAUGGUGAAGACUUUGAAAAGGUCUUGAAAGAGAAAAUUAUAAAGCCACUAAGCAUGGCUCACACGUUUCAUACUACACCAAAUCCAUCUCUCGGUGUGAUUCCUAGCUACCAGGGUGAAUACUGGUGGAAUUUCGAUAUUGGUGAAAAGGCACCCGCUGGUGGCAUUUUCUCAUCCACAAAGGAUAUGUCUACUUUUGGUCGUGCAAUUCUCAACAGCAGUCUUCUCCCUCGAUCAACAACGAGACGGUGGCUGAAACCCCUCGCCCGCACAUCAUCCAUUGACUACGCCGUCGGCGCGCCUUGGGAGAUUCUAUCAUUCGGCAAUGAGCGCCCUAUCGAUCUCUAUACCAAGUCUGGAGAUAUUGGCACAUACUCCUCUGGCUUUGUGCUUCUUGGAGCCGGGAAUAACACCCACGUAUCUCUAGCUCUCGCAUCCGAUCUCGUUUCAGAAAGCCUGCUACCUGCACUGGAACAAGCUGCCAAGAACCAGGCACACACCCGCUUUGCAGGAACAUAUGCCUUGGGUACCGUAAAUUCCUCCAUUACCAUUACUACGGACGACGGACUCGCUCUAGUCAUCACUAGCUGGGUCAACAAUGGCACUAAUAUGUUCCGGAGCUAUAUGGCACUGAGUGGAAUCGCUGAUCCCUCUAUGCUUAGUAUCCGUCUGUAUCCCACGCGCCUUGAGAACCCUGGACAGCUUUCCUUCCGGGCUGUAAUUCCGCCCCCGCUGCCAUCUGGCAUUGGGCCAUUUAGCUCAUCUUGCAUUUCCUGGGUGACAGUGAAUGCACAGGUAUACGGUAAUGUGGGUAUUGAUGAGUUUGUGUUCCACUUGGAUAGGAAAGGCAAUGCAGUUAGCGUCUCUCCGAGAGUCCUGCGUACUGUCCUGCUGAAGACCAAAUAG